AUGACUGUGCAGGGCGGGCUGUGUGAGAUAAGCAGGGAAUGCGCUCACUUCAGGACACCCUGUCGGACAUGGAGAGCAGUAAACAGGAGAGGACACGUGAAAGGAGACUCAUUGCUUGAAAUGGGUGCUGCCGGAAUGGUCUUCCCACUCUUCUCUGCCAGCAACGUCUUCAAGAAUAUCUAUGUCAUGGACACCACGAAUACCAGUGUCAGGCACAUCAAGAAAUGGCUGGAAAAAGGAGACGAGGCAACAGACUGGUCACAUGCUGCAAAAUUAACAUGUGAACUUGAAGGCAACGCAGAUGGAUGGCAGGAAAAAGAAGAGCAAGUGAGAAGAGCAGUUAAAGGGGUCUUUAGGUAUAAUUUAUCCGAUGAAGGGUCUAAGGAAUCGGUGCCUAUACCUAAAGUGGAUUGCGUGCUCAUGGUUUACUUCUUAAACGGCGUCUGCAGGACUAAAGAGGACUUUAAGGUCAACUUGAAAACCUUUACAUCCUGGCUGAAAGUUGGUGGAUAUCUGGUCUUUUUUAUUGCUCUCAAUAUGACUUUUUUUAAGAUUGGUGACCACAAAUUUUCUACACUGGCAGUAAAUGAGAAGUUUGUAAGAAAAGCCAUAAAUAAUGCUGGCUUUGUCAUUGAGAAAGACAAGAUCAUCCCCACCUCAGUGGAGAGUGAUAACGUUGAUUAUGAGGAUUUGCACUUCAUAGUAGCCCGCAAGGUAAAAGAUGCUUAAUGCUUAUAAAAAAGAUGCAAAAUUUACAAUAAAUUAUAUUUAAAAAAGAUAUCAAUAUAAUCACUAACAGUUGAAAAAUAUAUGAUAACUGGAUUCUUAAAUAGAAACAAUUUAAGAUUUACUGUCAUUAGUAAGAACAUUUUAAAAUAAAAUGCACAAGUCAGUGUAGUAAUGUGCCCUAAGACCUGUAAGCAUGAUAAUAUGCAUGUUUUUAUGUGUAAAAUACCUUUUGAUCUAUGGCUAGCUAUGCUCUCUCUUCUAGCAGUUCUCCUGGAGGAGUUUAUUUAGGAGCAUGAAUAACUUGCUCCUCCCCCCCCCCCCUCCCUCUCCCUUGUCAUGAGGCUUGUACAAACAUUUUUACAUUUGCAAAGUUUUUUGCCUAAAGUGUAUGCUUUAUAUAACCCUAAUGCAGCCAUG